UCCUUUUUUAAUUUGCGAGCGGAGGUAUUUACUUUUCUCCUACCAUCCUUAUAGAACUGGACAACUUGAGUUUUAUAAUCAACAGAAUUAUUUUCUUUUGCUCCUUUUUGUGAGUUCAUGUUGUUUUUAUUCUAGCUGUUACUCAAAGUGAAAGUGAAAUUGUUUCUGAAAGAGUGAAUAUGAUCAUGCCCCUUCUACCUUUUAAGGGAAGGAGAGGACGCAGGGGUUCAUUAAAAUGGGAGGCAAUUGGUUAACAAAACACAUUAGCAUGUGCGAUUAUGGCCAAUUAGAACACAUUUCCUAACACCAGGGCAGAAAGACAUGCCUCCCUGCUUAGAAUAUAAAAGUUAAGAGGCUCCGGAAGACACACCUUUCGGGAGUGCAGAUGAUCUGACAAACACAGAGAAAGUUCCUCUCGUGCACAUGAAUGUGUGUUUCCUGGUUGAGAAACAUUCUGGAGUGUUUUCUUUCUGUGCUUACAAGAGGACUGGUAUCUUAGAACUCAACAAUGGCACAAUCUCACACAAGUUACUCUACAACAAGAGAAGAAGCUGCACCUAUAUGGUCAGAUGUAAUUAAGAACAGCAAACAGAUUGCAACAGAACCCAAACAGACAUACCUGCUGAACACAGUCAAGAUCGAUCUGAAUGAAGCUGAAACAUUCAGGAGAUACACAUUUGGAAGAAAGGACCCCAAAAAACGGAACAGGACAAUCCUGUUGGUGGGAGAAACAGGAUCAGGGAAGUCUGCGCUCAUCAAUAUGAUGGUCAACUACAUGCUGGGGGUAGAGUGGGAAGACAACAUCAUGUUUAAAAUAAUUUCAGAUGAAGGCACAAGACGCCAGACUCAAUCUCAGACCAUUGCGAUUACUGCCUAUGAGAUUUAUGGGCUGGAGGAACUGUCUGUUCCUUUUUCACUCACAGUCAUUGAUACACCAGGAUUUGGAGACACAGAAGGGCUUGAGAAUGAUCAAAGAGUUUCUCAGUAUUUUUACAAGUUACUUACUUCCACAAGGGGCAUUCAACAAAUAGAUGCAGCUUGCCUUGUGGUGAAGGCAACUGAAAAUCGCCUCAGUCUCAGCCAGAAGUACAUCUUCGAUGCCAUCCUGUCCCUCUUUGGGAAGAACAUGGAGAAAAACAUCCUGACUCUCAUCACCUUCUCUGACUGGAUGCCACCUUCAGAAGCUCUUGAGGCAGUUGCCGAGUCUGGCGUACCUUUCCCCAAAGAUGAAAAUGAUGAACCUCUUCACUUCCUGUUCAACAACCUUUCUCUUAAAAAUUAUAAGAAGAAAUCUGAAAACGCAUAUAAAUCGCACUGGGAUAACGGAAAAGAGAGCAUGAGGGAGUUCUUCCAGACUUUGGAUCGAAUGGAAACUCAAAGCAUGAGGAUGACUGAAAAUGUCUUGGAGGAACGCCGGAGACUGGAAGCUUGUAUCCAGAGCGUUGAGAGUCAGAUCAAGGUCGUGGAGAUGAAGCUCAAGGCACUUGGGGAAGUUAAGAAAACUCUGAAAGAGCACAAAGAGGACAUGAGGAAAAAUACCAACUUUCAGUUUAAAUACAAAACUGUUGUCAUGAAGAAGGUCCCAGCUGCUGAAGCUGCACUCCUCUGUCCGAAGUGUGAGGUAACCUGCCACACUCCAUGUACGUGGGCACCUGACCUGUGGUUGUGUCAUGUAAUGGACUGGAAUUGGAACUGUACGGCCUGUCCUGGAAAAUGCAGCUACAAGGUCCAUGAAAAAGGACACACAGCAUAUAAGCCAGAAUACGAAGAAAAAACAGGAACUUAUGAGGACCAGAAAAAAACGUCUGAAGGGACGACAGCCGCACAAGAGAAAGUAAUACGUGAGUCCAUAUGUGAGCAAGAGUUAAGGAAUGCAGAAGCUGAGAAAACCAGCCUCAUUGAAAGGUGUUUCCAGUGCAUUCUCCAGCUUAGAGAGCUUGCUCUGAAGUUUGAGUCUGAUUCUACUCGUCAGAGUAUUCUCAGGCUGAUAGAAGUGCUGAAGAGGGACAACGAGGCAGAGAAAGCGGAAACACUGCAGGAUAUUCUGGAAAACACUGUGCAAAGAGAUUAACAGACGUGGAGAAGAUGUGUGUUCAGUUGCGCGCUCUUCUGCUUUCCAUGUAGAUGUUGUAGGGCCAAAAUUAUUAUAGAGCAAACAGUCACGCUUAUUUACCAAGGACUUCCCCUGUUGUCCCUACUGUGAAACAGGCAUUAGCAACAGUAGACAACAGCUACCAAAAUAAACUGUCAAAGGUGUAUUCAGUCAGGAUUGUAACUUUACCUCUAGUGGCAGAACCUGUCCAUUUCUACAUAGAAACUAAUGAAAAGACUCUUAGGCUCAACAUAACAAUGUGACUGGAAUUUUUUAUUUUUGAAUUGUCUUGAAGUGGAUCUUUAUUUACUAGCUGGUAUGUUUUAUCAUUUGAACAAAUAUCCACAAAUAGAAGUUUGUAUUUAGUGUGUAGUGUAGUUUUGUAUUUGUGAAACGCAUGUAGUGUCAAGUAAGAAUCUAGUGAAAACUGUAGCUGGGAGUGAGAACGUCCGGGGAAGUACUUUACUGUUCCAGUAUCUUGAGUACUGUCAACUAUCUCUUGUACUGUCAGCCUUCAUUGCAGGUAGAUAGAACUUUUUUUUAACUGUGUUUGACAUCCAGUUCUCCUGUUUACUGCUUUAAGGUCGGUUCAGAUCAAAACGAUGAGUGCAGAUCAGACAGGAGUUUUUAAAAAAUAAGAGAGAGUCGGCACUGAAUUCAUCUCAUCUUUAAACUUGGGACUGAAGAUCUGACAUACUGAAAACCUCAUGAACUGCAGAAAACUGGAUGGUAUAAGACAAAUGGCAUCUAUUCUGCACACAUUAUAAAACAGAAUUGCACAGGCCCAGAUUAUUCAGAGUAUAUGUGUAUAGGUAAAAACAAGCCUUUAGACUUUAACUGCUCUGGUGGGAGGGGGAAAUCAUCUUUAGCUAGUGACAAAGACCAUUAUUUGUUCAAUGAAUAAAGUUAUGAAUAUGACCAUUUACUUUUUUUCCCCCUGCUAUUUACUGUUUGAAUCUGUUUUAUAUGGACUGUCUAGUUAUAUGUAUAUGUAUACAUAUGAAGUUAUAUGUAUUGCAGAACUUGUUUAACAUGUGUAUACCUUUCUAUUUAUCUGCACCACAAAUAACAACAGCACAAAAGGACCAUGCUUGCAUUCAUGGGAUUACAUCUGCAACUGAAAGAUGUAAUGUUCUUCUCAUUCUGACUGAUGUUCCAGUUAGUUUGGGGCUCCUACAAGAAGCACUGAACUUCACCAUCUGCUGUAACUACUAAAUUCACUGUGGGGUAAUGUUUCGUGUUCUGUGAAGCCCAUUAGGUUGUGAAGAUCUUUGCAUGAAAUAAGAGGUUCAGAUAAGAUUUGUGUGCGUUUGCUUUAUUUGAUUGUACUGAUGUGUUCUUUAUCCUGAAGCAAUUUCAUUGUUUCAUUGUCUCCCACAUUAAUGGUCAUGCCAUACUAACAUUGUGUCUUAAAUAUCCAACCUGCUUCCUCAGAUAUAAUAAAUUGCUGUAAUUUGAACUAA